AUGAAAGCGCUCAUCUACAAUGGAGUCGGAAAGUGCGAGCUCGUAGACAAGGAGAUUCCCCGGCUGAGCGGUGGCCUUGAUGCCCUGGUGAAGGUGCAGCGAACUACCAUCUGCGGCUCCGACCUUCACAUCCUGAAAGGCGACGUCCCGACAUGCACACCAGGAAGAACUUUAGGCCACGAAGGUAUCGGCGUAAUCGAGGAGAUCGGGCAAGAAGUUAAGAAUUUCAAAAAGGGCGACCGGGUGCUGAUUCGAUGUAUCACGUGUUGUGGUACCUGUCAGUUCUGCAAGAAAAGCAUGGCCGACUGCUGCGUGAAAGCGGGUUGGAUUCUCGGUCACACGGUUGAUGGCAGUCAAGCUGAAUAUGUUCGCAUAAAGUAUGCUGAUACCUCGCUAUACCAUGUGCCCAACAACGUAGAUGAGCGCACAUUACUCCUAUUCAGCGACAUCCUACCCACAGGCCUAGAAGUCGGCGUCUUGCGCGGAAAAGUACAGCCGGGCUGUACCGUCGCAAUAGUAGGAGCCGGACCCGUCGGUCUCGCAGCUGGCCUGACUGCGCAACUGUACACACCCCGCAAGCUAGUCUUCUUCGACAUGGACGACUACCGUCUCUCCGUCGCCAAGAAAAUGGGCGCCACGCAUGUCUACAAUGUCAAGGAUAUAAAAGGCACAGUCCGCGACCUUGCAGCAGAGCACAUCGACGAGGCCGAUGGUUUUGAUGUCGUCAUGGAGGCUGUUGGCAUUCCCGCGACGUUCAACAUGUGCGAAGAUCUUGUUGCAAAGGGUGGGCAUAUUGCGAAUAUGGGCGUGCAUGGGAAGAGUGUGGACUUGCACAUUGAGCGACUGUGGGCGAGGAGCACGACAAUCAGUAUGGCGCUGGUGUCAGCACACACAAUUCCAACAUUGCUGAACUUGUUUGCUGCCGGUAAGAUUGAUGCGAGCGCCAUGGUCACACACGACUUCAAGUUCAGUGACAUUGAGAAAGCCUACGACCAUUUUGGACGGGCGGCUGAGACUAAGUCUUUGAAAGUGAGCAUCGAGUUCGACCCUCCUGGUGCGAAAGCGGGAGCCGAGAGGCGCGGGCAAAGAUUGUAA